CCUCUCCACGCUCUCAAGUCAUGUCUCUGCCUGCCACGCUCACGCUGCCCUACGGCACGCAGCAUGAGCGCCAGCACGUGCUGCUCUCGCUGCCGCCGGGCGAUGCACGCGCGCCGCUGCUCGUCUUCAUCCACGGCGGCGCCUGGCGCUCCAAUGCGGCGUCCGACCACGCGCGCCUGGCCGCACACCUCGCGACCCACGGCGUCGCUGUGGCGCUCGUCGAGUACCGCCUGUCCACGUCCGACGGCGGCGCCGUGCGGCACCCGCAGCACGCACAGGACGCCAGCGACGCGCUGAGCUUCCUGCUGCGAUCCGGCGACGAGGCGUGGCGCAGCCGCAUCGAUCCUCGCAACACCGUCGUGGCUGGCCACAGUGUCGGCGCGCACAUGUGCCUCUCGAUGGCGCUGUGCGCAGAGGCUGCAUCCGUGGGCAAGGGUGAGGUGGAGCGCAUGCCUGGCCUCCCGGAGCGCAGCCAGAUCAAGGCAUGGGUGGGCAUCGCGGGCAUCUACGACAUCGUCGCGAUGCUGCGUGCCUAUCCGUCAUACGUCUCCUUUGUGGAGCAGGCCUUUGGCGCACCGCCGCCGGACUGCGACCUGGGCAUUGAGCGCUACGCGCCAGCGUCGCUGCCGGCAUGGCCCGUGCCGCCGCAGCCGCCGCGCGUGUACCUGGCGCACUCGCUCGACGACGAGCUGCUCGACGUGCAGGGCAGCAAGGCGGCGCAGACGGAGCUGCAGCGCAAGGGCUGCAGCGUGCAGACGUACUGGACCCUCACUGGCACGCACGACGAGUCGCUGCAGACCGAGGCAUUCUGGGGCUACCUGCUUGCCAUCGUGCGCAGCGAGACGGACGUGUCACAGCACUAGACCGCGCGUAGCUGCUCUCACGCACAUAGAGACAACCCAUCACAUACCCUCUGCUCGUCAUCACUGCAUCUCAUUCACCC